CCUACACACAGGCACAUACACAGGGUCCCUGUUUCUUUGGAGCAACAUGGCUCAGGAUCUCACUGAGAAGGAGCUGUUAAAAAUGCAGAUCGAUCAACUUAAGAAGGAAGUGAAGAAUGAAAGAGCCAUGAUUUCCAAAACGGGGAAGGAACUUAAGGACUAUGUGGAAGCCAACGCUGGAGAUGACCCCCUCCUUAAAGGCAUCCCUGAGGACAAAAACCCCUUUAAGGAGAAAGGUGGUUGCAUGAUAAGCUGAUCACCCCCCUUCCCCAUCCUGAGCCUCACCCCAAGUUCCCCUAGCCAAUCACCUACAGACCCAAACCCCAGGCAACCAAAUGCCAUUCUACUAGAGACCCUGACAAUUCUGUCCACUGUCUUCCAAGGUCACAUCCAUUCUUUCCUAGUUAACUAAUUGGGUGUUAAAGCCUUGUUGUACUGGGCCAGUGUAAGCCCAGCCAGGAAAAUACU